AUGUCAGUGAAUAGCAACGUGAAAUUGUUUGAGCUACUGCCAAAGCAAUUGAAGAAUUUUUUCAAGAAGUAUCCACCAUCUGUGAAGUAUGCAGACCGUCCAGUAUCUACGCAUUCGUUAGAAGCCAAUCCAUUUUAUGCCAACAAACAUCCUGUGACUGGUCGUUAUCAUGAUCCAAAGUUUUCGUUAAGACGUAUGAGUGUCCUAUACAAGACAGCUUACCUGUACGGUGUACACACCUUCUUGCCCCCAAUGAAGAAGAAGUUCUUUGAGGAUAAGUACGAGAAUAAGAAGUUUAUGAGAGGUGUCUUGAACCCAAAGGGUCAUAAACAUGAAUUGCUGCGUGAGGGAAAGCUAGCUAAGAUGGAAGAAGCCAUUAAGAAUGCUGACAAUUAUAUAAUCGAAGCAAAAGGUAGCAAGUAUGCAAAGAAGCUCGAGAAGAGGAGAGCAGAAAAGCAGAAGUCGUGGUUCUAG